CCUAACUUUUCAUCCUUUUGACGUUUAUGUUUUGGGCCACGUAAAUAUUUUUAAAAUAGGAUUGAAAUGGCCCCACACCAAGAAAUAGACGAGCUCUUUGAUGUAAAAGUUCAUUUUUACAUUGGAAAUUAUCAGCAGUGCAUUAACGAGGCUGCCAAAAUACGAAAGCCAUCGUCUCCCGAGAUAGCUAUUCAGCGAGAUAUCUUUACUUAUCGGUCUUACAUCGCUCAGAAUAAGUUUCUUGUAGUUUUGGAUGAAAUCAAUCCUAAUUCACCCUCAGAAAUUCAACCUUUGAAGAUUCUUGCCGAAUAUCUGCAUGGAAAAUCGAACAAAUCGACACUACUGGAUCAACUAAACCAGAAAAUUGACACGACCGCUCAUAACGAAACGUUGGUUAUCGUUGCUGGAACCAUUUUUAUCAACGAAGGCAAUUUUGAUGGGGCCUAUAGAUAUUUACAUGCUUCAGAAAGCUUGGAAUGUAUGGCUCUGAUAAUUGAAAUCUUACUAAAGUUGGACAGGAUCGAUUUGGCGUUGAAAAAACUGAAAGAAAUGCAAGAAAAAGACGAUGAUGCUAUUUUAACUCAACUGGCACAAGCUUGGGUUCAUAGUUCUAUGGGAGGUGAAAAACUACAAGAUGCCUAUUAUAUCUAUCAGGAACUGGUUGAUAAAUAUGGUUCAACGCCUCUUUUACUGAAUGGUCAAGCUGUAACUUUUCUGGGACAAGGGAAAUAUGAAGAAGCUGAAGCAGCACUUCAGGAAGCUUUAACCAAAGACUCUAAGAAUGCAGAUACUUUAAUAAACCUCAUUACAUUGCAAAGGCAUUUGGAAAAAGGACCUGAAUUUGCAAAUAGGUAUUUGUCACAGUUGAAAGAUGCCCAUCCAGAACAUGCCUUUAUAAAGGACUUAAAGCAAAAAGAGAGUGAUUUUGCAAGGAUAUGUCAACAGUAUGGGCCAUCCAACACAGCCAUUCCUGCUUAGAGUUAAGAUUUUUGUUAAUGUAUUAUUAAAAUAAAAUUGUAUCUACUUUGUAAUAAAAA